AGUUCAAUUGAAACACUCGACCAGAGCGGUUACUGAGAACUAUUGCAUAAAACGGAGUUUCAUUGUCAUUUCAUAUACUUAGUUGUGUGCGGCAAUAUAAUUAACGUUAAGGUGAAUAUUUUGUUAAACAUUAAUUUCCAGUACCAGUAAAGUAAAAUUUUGUGUCGACACGUAUGUAAAAUUUAAUGUGGUUACAGAUAAAAACAUUUUUAAUUUAAUGUAUAUAUUUAAUAUUAAAUUUAUUGUUUAAAGACUUGUAAACAGCAAAGUGUAUAAAACAUAAAACAUUGUUAGUAACUCCCGCGUGUUGGGGCCUUUCCCACUCAGGCGCCAGCCAGCCGUCAUCCAUCAUGAAGAGUGACGUCACGAACUGCUAUUGGCCUUCCGUUCGUCACGUGGUUAGUUAAUUCUUCUCUGUGGGCGUUAACAGUGCUCGGUGUAAGAGAGACAAACAUAUAGUAGGGGAUUGGAAAAAAGAACUCCAAUGUAAUACCUAGUACGUUAUAAGUCCCCACCGUAAACUCUGGCGAAACUUAUAGAGAUUUUACCGUAGAGCUUCAGAAAAAUUAAUGAUCAUGAGUUCGUUUUUAAUGAACCCCGUUUCUGGAGCUUUACCGUCGAGUUAUCAACAAGCCCAGCAUAUAUCUGGUGGUGUUGUAGUUGAUCCUAAAUUUCCACCAAGUGAAGAAUACAGUCAGAAUAGUUACAUACCUUCACCUACGGAUAAUUUUUUUGGUAACCAUCAUUUAAAUCAGCCUCAGCAUCAUCUGCAAUAUGGGUAUCACAACCAUCAUCAAGCUACAUCUUACGGAUCGAGCGGAAUGCCCUUAUCUGGCGCUGGAUACGGUACUUAUGGUAACUAUUAUCAUCAUCAAUUACAUCAUGCGCCACCUAUACAUUCCCAUCAAAUUCGACCGCCCAUACAACUACACGAAACUCAACAAAAUCUCGUUAAUUGUGGAUCAAUACCAAAUAGUCUCAAUCAACCCCCGAAUUCCACGAACAUUUUACAAAAUAUUUCGGACAUUACGACAAAUGUUACGCAACCCAGUGAUGUGAACUCUAGUGUGUGCAGUCCUGCAUCGGUAGGACAUGGACAAGAAUCAAGGGGUUCUCCCCCUGGACAUUCAUUGCAGGAAUUAGGACUAAGAUUAGAGGAUAAUGUGUCUGACGAACCUGACGAUAUUGACGAUCAGGGCAGUUCGACAAAUAAUGACGAGGAAGAGGACGACGACGGAGACGGUGAUAGACCGAUAUAUCCCUGGAUGAAAAAGGUUCAUGUCGCUGGAGCUUUUGCAAAUGCGAGAGAAUUAGCAUCCAAUAGAACAACGGGAGCGUUCGCACCCGGUAUGGAACCAAAACGCCAACGAACCGCUUACACCCGCCACCAAAUCUUAGAAUUAGAAAAAGAAUUCCAUUACAACCGAUACCUGACGAGGCGAAGGCGUAUAGAAAUCGCUCAUACGCUAGUCCUUUCUGAACGACAAAUCAAAAUUUGGUUCCAAAAUCGUCGAAUGAAGUGGAAAAAGGAUAACAAAUUACCGAACACAAAAAAUGUUAGGAGGAAAACGAAUCCUGCCGGGGUGACAACAACCACGACGGGGUCUGGCGCUAAAUCUGGGGGUAAAGUUCGAGGGAAAACACAAAACAGCACUCCGGGAAAUAACAAUGAUAAACGGAAAAACAACAACAGGGAUUUAGACGGCCUUGGUGAAAACAUGCUGGAUAUGUCUCUGACUGGUCAACAUCAGAUUUCUCACGGACAUCCCGCCCUACACCAUGGCAUGUUACACAACGAUCCCAGUAUGCAUAUUGGCUCGUUAGGAUCCUCGCUCACACCUCUCCCGUCAUCGCCGGGAUGUGGCGUUCCCGGUACGCCGCAGCCUGUUAUAAAAUCUGAUUACGGACUCACUGCUCUCUAAAAUUUCACAAUUGGACAUUAUGCGGCAAAUUUAAUGUACUCUGUAAAUAUAUUUUGUAUCCUCAUUAUUUUUAUCUUUGUACAUAUAUUGUGUUAAAUAUGAAAAUAUUGAUGAUGGAAUAAAGC